UGUGUCCACUGUCCAUGUGUACUUGCUCGACGGGCUUUUCCUUUGUGGAAAACCCAUUUAGAGAAAGAAUAGGCCAAGUGUUCACCAGGACUUCACUCGAGCCCGGACAGCUAUCAAACAACGACUUUUCGGGAAUGUGUUUCGAGGACUUUCUCGAGAUGAUGUCCGUGUUCUCGGAGCACGCGCCCAGAGACCUCAAAGUCUUUUACGCCUUUCGCAUUUACGAUUUCGACGAGGACGGGUUGGUGGGUCUGAGCGAUUUGGAGCGCACGUGCCGGCAACUGGUCCGCGGCGGCUUGACCGACGACGAGGUGGCAACGGUUUGCCAGAAAGUGCUAGAAGAAAGCGACAUCGACGGGGACGGUGCGCUCUCGUAUUUGGAGUUCGACCACGUGGUAACCCGUGCCGCCGACUUUUUGUCGACUUUCCACAUACGUAUCUAAUGUGUCUAA